CUGCUGGCCACCACCCUCCCCGUCUUCCUUGGAGAUAGGUGGCAGGUGGCUAGAGAGGGAUCAAGGGUAGGAGGGAGAGGAACGGAUCGCGCGCGCGCGACACGUACACCACACACAUCCACUCACGGCACGGUACGGCCGGCCAUGGCUCCUGAGGCGGCGGCGGCGGCCUUGAAGCCGAUGAAGGCAACGUCGGACGGCGUGUUCCAGGGGGAGGACCCCCUGGAAGCGGCCCUGCCUCUGGCCAUCGUGCAGAUUUGCAUCGUCGUCGUGCUCACCCGCGUGCUCGCCUUCUUCCUCCGCCCGCUCCGGCAGCCGCGCGUCAUCGCGGAGAUCAUCGGCGGCAUCAUGCUCGGCCCGUCCGCGAUCGGCCGGAACAGCGCGUUCAUCAACACGGUGUUCCCCAAGCAGAGCCUCACGGUGCUCGACACCCUCGCCAACAUCGGCCUCCUCUUCUUCCUCUUCCUCGUCGGCCUCGAGCUCGACCUCCGCGCCAUCCGCCGCACGGGAGCUGGCGCGCUCGCCAUCGCCGUCGCCGGCAUCUCCCUCCCCUUCGUCCUCGGGAUCGGCACCUCCGUCGUCCUCCAGAACACCGUCAACCGCGGCGUCCCCACGGGGCCCUUCCUCGUCUUCAUGGGCGUCGCCCUCUCCAUCACCGCGUUCCCGGUGCUGGCGCGCAUCCUCGCCGAGCUCAAGCUGCUCACCACCGACCUCGGCCGCAUGGCCAUGUCCGCGGCGGCCGUGAACGACGUCGCCGCGUGGAUACUCCUCGCGCUCGCCAUCGCGUUGUCGGGCUCCGGCUCGCCUUUCGUGUCGCUCUGGGUGCUCCUCAGCGGCGUCGGCUUCGUCCUCUCGUCGUUCUUCUUCAUCCGGCCGCUGCUCUCGUGGAUGGCGCGGCGAUCCCCCGAGGGCGAGCCCGUGAAGGAGCUAUACAUAUGCACGACGCUCACCAUCGUGCUCGCCGCCGGCUUCAUCACCGACACCAUCGGCAUCCACGCGCUGUUCGGCGCCUUCAUCGUCGGCAUCAUCGUGCCCAAGGAAGGGCCCUUCGCUGGCGUCCUCCUGGAGAAGGUGGAGGACCUCAUCUCUGGCCUCUUCCUGCCGCUCUACUUCGUGUCGAGUGGCCUCAAGACCAACGUCCUGACCAUCAAGGGCGGGGACUCGUGGGGGCUCCUCGUGCUCGUCGUCGCGACGGCGUGCAUCGGCAAGAUCGGCGGCACAGUGCUCGCGUCGCUCAUCGUGCGUGUGCCGCUCCGUGAGGCGGUGACGCUCGGGGUGCUGAUGAACACCAAGGGGCUCGUGGAGCUCAUCGUGCUCAACAUCGGCAAGGACCGGCACGUCCUCAACGACGAGACCUUCGCCAUCCUCGUGCUCAUGGCGCUCAUAAACACCUUCAUCACCACGCCGCUGGUGAUGGCCAUCUACAAGCCGGCGCGGCGCGCCCCCCCGUACAAGAACCGCGCCGUCCAGCGCCCGAACCCCGACGACGAGCUCCGCAUGAUGGUGUGCUUCCACAGCACGCGAAACAUCCCCACCAUGAUCAACCUCAUGGAGUCGUCGCGUGGGACGCGGCGGCGCGGCAUCACCGUGUACGCCAUGCACCUCGUCGAGCUCUCGGAGCGGUCGUCCGCCAUCAACAUGGUCCACAAGGCGCGGCGCAACGGGAUGCCGUUCUGGAACCGGCGGCGCAACGGGGACGGCGACCAGCUCGUCGUCGCGUUCGAGACGUACCAGCAGCUGAGCCACGUGUCCAUUCGCGCCAUGACGGCCAUCUCCGACCUCCACACCAUCCACGAGGACGUGGUCACCAGCGCGCACCAGAAGCGCGCCGCGCUCAUCGUGCUCCCCUUCCACAAGCUCCACCAGAUGGACGGCCACAUGGAGUCCCUCGGCGACGAGUACCAGCACAUCAACCAGCGGGUGCUCCACCACGCGCCGUGCUCCGUCGGCAUCCUCGUCGACCGCGGCCUCGGCGGCGCCGCGCAGGUCGCCGCCAGCGACGUGUCCUACAACAUCGUCGUCCUCUUCUUCGGCGGCCGGGACGACCGCGAGGCCCUCUCCUACGCCACGCGCAUGGUCGAGCACCCGGGCAUCGCACUCCACGUGAUACGCUUCGUCCCAGAGUCCGGCGGCGGCGGCGCGAACGACAAAGCCGCGGCGGACGAUGCGUUCCUCGCAGAGUUCCGCGGCAAAGUCGCCGGCGGGAACGACUCCAUCCGGUACGAGGAGAGGACGUCCAGAGGGAAGGCGGACGUGGUGGAGGCGAUCAAGGCGAUGGGUCCGACCAACCUGUUCCUCGUUGGACAGGGGUCGCCGUGCGCGCCGCUGAUGGAACCGAGCGCUGAGUGCCCGGAGCUCGGGCCGGUGGGGAGCUACCUGGCGAUGCCGGACUUCUCGACGGUGGCGUCGGUGCUGGUGAUGAAGCAGUACGACCCGACGGCGGAGCACUACGAACUCGUCGAGGAGGUCGCGGACACCGCCGUGGACAUCGACACACCGGGGCCUCGUAGAGGGUGAUGCCCUUAGUCGUAAGUCGUAAUUAACAGGCAUAUACUUCUACUAAUACAAAUUGUGUAAUAUGAUAGUGCAAUUUAAUUGUAGACGUAUUUUCAUCCCUCAGGAGGAUGGACCUUGAUCCUCCAAUGUGUUUUUACAUCUGUUGUACACUUGUAAAAUACAAUAGUUCUGGAAUUUUAUGAAAGCACUUGACACAAUA